UUAGUUUCGGUCUGUAGACAGAGCUUCAGCGCGGUUGCUGUGAUCUGAUCUUUGGUGUUUAGUGGUUAGACAUGAGAAAGGACGCUCAAGUGUAGCGGAGGAAACUUCAUCUAACUUUAGUGAGCUUGAGAACUUGACCGAAACUUCCUGAAGAUCUGAGGAGAAGAAUGGAGCCGAUAAUAAAUUGGACAGCGACUCAGGUCACGGACUGGAUCAGAGGGCUGGACGACAGUCUCCAGCAGUAUGUUUCUAACUUCGAGAGAGAGAAGAUCAACGGAGAGCAGCUUCUGAAGAUUUCCCAUCAGGAUCUGGAGGAGCUGAUGGUGACCCGUGUCGGCCAUCAGGAGCUGAUUCUGGAGGCUGUGGAUCUCCUCUGUGCAUUGAACUGUGGCGUGGAAACUGAUAACUUGAAGACUCUGGUGGGUCAGAUGCGAGCAGCAUCCAACAACUUGCACAACUGUGCGUCAGAGCGCAGGAAAACCCCUUCUUAUGAUGGAGGAAGUCCUAACAAACCACCUAACUUGUUCCUCACUGCUGUGGUGGAGCUGAUAGGGGCUGCUAAGGGCAUGCUGGCUUGGCUUGACAGGACUCCCCUCACAGGAGUCAGUGACUUUACAUCAACCAAAAACAAGAUCAUUCAGCUCUGUCUGGAACUGACCACAACUGUCCAGAAGGACUGCACAGUGUUUGAAAUGGAGGAGAAGAUAUUAGAAGUGUCAAAGGUUUUGACCGGAAUUUGUGAUUCCACCAUGAGGAUGACCUCUGACCCCUUAAAGAGUCAAAUAACCUGUUUGGAGGAAGUCACCGUCACUAAUAUCAAAGCAGACGAGGGACUGGGAAUGUAUAUCAAAUCCACUUACGAUGGGCUACACGUCAUCACCGGAACUACAGAAAAUUCUCCAGCAGACCGAACUCAGAGGAUUCAUGCAGGCGAUGAGGUGAUUCAAGUCAACAGACAAACAGUGGUGGGCUGGCAGUUGAAGAAUCUGGUGGAAAAGCUCAGAGAAGAUCCUCAGAAUGUGACACUGAUGGUGAAGAAAAGACCGUCAGGUACUUGUGGCUUCACACCUGCACCGCUGAAGAACAUGCGCUGGAGACCCCCUGCCGUCCAGAGUCCAUCACAUGUGCCCGCCGCCCCAUCAUCCAGAAAUCCUGUGCAAAUCAAGCGUCCGGAGAAACCUGCCAUUUUAGAUCUCUAUAUUCCUCCUCCUCCUUCCAUGCCAUACAGCCCACGAGAUGCAGAUACGAGUGAACACACAGGUGUGAAGAUGAGACCAAAAGGUUCAGAGUCGCCAAACUCAUCUCUGGAUUUAGCCAGUAGACGGCGUUCAAAUAUCAGCGACUAUAACAGCAAAGUUAGCAUAAACCCACCUGAGGUCGGAGUCCCACAAGCGCGACUGAGACAGCGGACACCAUCCAGAGGGAAGCCGCGUCCCAUGUCCAUGCCGGUAGACACUUGCCUGGGCGCGUCGGACUCCCCCUCCAGACCCUGGGCUCUUGGAAGGAAAGGUGAAGAGGUCUUGCACAGAUAUCUGAGUAACGAACAGAUCCCCACCAUCUCAGAAGAGUCGCCCUGUUACCCGCUGCCCUACCGCCCCACAGGAGAACGCCAGCUCGUCCGAGGGGUCGACCACAUCCGCGGCAGCCAGUGUUUUAUCAAUGCAGACCUACACAACAGCGCCACCAUACCCUACCAGGAAGCAGUGGCUCGGAAGCCUGCAGCCAAAUCUUCCAAGAGACCCCCCUCAGAGCCCUCAGUGUUCAGCAGCUGGAUCGCCCGACUCAAGCUGCUCACAUACCCUCUUCAAGACUUUGCCGCUGAGAAGUCUCAAGGAGAUGAUGUGAUGAGCCGCAGAAGGGUCUCGGUGAAAGACCUGGGCCUGGGCGACUGUCAGGGCUGGUUGUACAAAAGGAAGGAGAGCAGAGGGCUCUUGGGCUGGAGGUGGAAGAAGUUUUGGUUUGUGCUGAAGAAAUGUUCGCUCUACUGGUACACAUCGGACAUGGCAGAGAAAGCCGAAGGCUACAUCAACCUGAAAGACUUCACCAUGGAACAGGCUACUGAAUGCAGGAAGAAGUUUGCAAUGAAAGCAUGCCGCCUCCACAUUAUGACACUCUUCUUUGCAGCUGAAAACAUGAAAGACAUGAACAAAUGGCUGGCUAAACUUACCCAGGCUUCAAAUGAACCUGAGCCCACAGACUCAACGGUUGGAGAGUGCUACAGUGAGGAGAGUGAUGAUGAGGAUGAAGCAGACACCGCUGAGAUGUGUGCAGAGUUCAUGGAUCAGCUGACUCCUGGCUCCCUGCAUGUGAGUAACCACACUCUGGUGUUUCAGGGUUGUCCCCCACCUCCCCGCUCUUCUUCUCCAUGUCAGGACUCAUUCCCGCUGGAUUCGGUGGUGUGUAACCACACACAGACUCAAAGUACAGACAGGGAGUCGUGGCAGGAGAUCAGCUCAGAUGAAGACCCCAUCCACAACAUACAGAAGUUCAAAGAGAACGACUGCCCCCCGUCUGAUGAGAUGGAGAUACUGUAUCUUCACCUCAAGCAGGUGAGUCUGUCCCCUACUGGAGCCCUGCAGCCCACCACCAAACGUGACUUCAGGUCCUCCUUCAUCAGACGUUGCAAAAAUGAGAGCAUUAACGAGAAACUGCACCUGAUUCGAGCUUUAAACAGCACUUUAAAGGCUAAGGAGGCCGAUCUGCAGGCCAUAGAGCAGGUCUUGAGCGAACCGUCUCUGAGCGCUUGUAAAUACAGACAGUGGCGAGAUGCUAAUGUGCUCCUGCUGCAGGAGGUCUGUGAGAAACACAAGAGUGUCGUGGAGCCACAAGUCCAGGAGCCUCAGGCCCAACACCAGUCGCUCUUCAGCCCCAACACUGUGUACACCGAGACCAGCCUGUGAAGACGAGAGGACCAUAACAGAGAUCAACCAGAAUGAAACAGACGGCCACAGGGCUUGCACGACACCGACAGGAACACAAACAGAGCGGGAAACCUCAAGGGCUGGCUUCCUGGACACAAAUGAAGCUUCUCUGAAACACCUCAAACAGAUACAAGCCUGCAAAAGCACAUAAUGCAGCUGAGAGAAAUGACCUCAGACUCAUUUGAUAUCAGUUUACUCUGAAUUUGAGCACAGAAGAGUCUAACAAGUGUGUAACAGG